CCUCAACUGUCUCCUUUCUCUCUAUUCUACUCAGCUAUUUCUUUACUCUUUUCUCUCAUCCCCUUAUCCUCGUACAUUACAAUUCAAAAUGGCUUCCCAGACCUGGUUUGAUGGCCUCAAGAGGUCCUUUGCCGAUGUUCCCGUUGGCGCAGACAAGUCCAUCUCUACCACCGAGUUCCUCGAAGCCUCCGAAUCCCUGACUACUUUGUUCGAUGUGCUCGGCUCCGCAGCAUUCACUCCCGUCAAGAACGACCUCCUUGGAAAUGUCAAGAAACUCAAAGACCGGCAGCUGGCUGCCCCUGCUGAGUCUGAGACUGUUCAGUCUCUCUCUGUGAAUGAGCUGAAGACCAAGAAACACACUGCGUCUGAAGGUCUGCUCUGGCUUGUUAGGGGUCUUGACUUCACUACCCAAUCCCUCCGCCGCCACGUCGACAACACUUCCGAGAAGCUCGCCGACUCCUUCCGCGGAGCCUACAAAGAAACCCUCAGCAAGCACCACGGUUGGGCUAUAAAGCCGGUCUUCAACCUGGCCAUGGGUGCUGCCCCUGACAACAAGACCUUCUACAAGUCCCUGGCCUCCAGUACCGCCGAUGUCUCCGCCGAAACCGAGGCGAAGAUCCAGGAGCAGUUGACCCGCGAGGUGAAGGCUCUGGAGAACAUCGUUUCCAUUCUUCAGAAGUUCCAGGAGCAGCCUGAUGCCAAGUGGAAAAGCUAAAGAUGGCCACUGGUAUUUUUUCCAUUCAUCCACAACCUAUUUCUAGUGCAUAAUAUUUCAUCACAUGAUGCUCUACUACAUGUAUAUAGGUGACUAUACAUACCUGAUUUCAGAAGCGAGCAGGACCUCUAUUCAGGACACAGUUGCUUUAUAAAAGGGCUCAUCACAUCAUUUAAAGUUAUUAGACAAUCAUACAUAUUAUGUUGCUGU